UUGUUGUUAGGCCGCUAGUAAAUAUUGAAAAAGUUUAGCAUAACUAUGGCUACCAAGGAUCAUGGUGUGAAUCUUUCCUUACCAUCUCUUACUGGACUAACACAUGUACAUUUUAAAGCAGUCCCAAGAAGAUAUGAAGAAACUAAGCCUGUCAUUGUACAAGACUUUUCACACAGAAAAAUUAUAAAUAUUGGACAGGAAAUCCAGAAAAGAACAAUCAAAAUAGCUGAAGAAGAAAAAGAACUAGUCAGGCAAGAGACAGAGCGUAGAAUCUGGGAUGAGGCUCAUGGACUUCAGAAAGAGGCGGUUGAAAGAACCAAGCAAAAAUGUAAAAAUGAACAAGAAAAAUCAGAGAAAAAACUAAUGAAGACAUAUGACAAAAAAAUCAAUAGUGAAAUACUACGUGUUAUGGGAGAACAACAGAAAAUAGCUUUUAAUCAAGUACAGGAUGAGCGUUCAGCAGGAGAAAAACGUCUAAAGGAUGCUGUUAGCGUUACAGAGGAGAGAUGUCACCAAGAGCUUCUUGAUGCGGUUGCUAAAGCCAGAGCUGAAGAGAGGAAGAUAGCUGCAGAUGAGGCAACUAGAGUUGCACAGCAACAUGCCAUGAAGUUCGCAGAAGCACUCGCAGCAUGUGCUGCUGACAAACAGUCAGCACUGGAACAACUCACGGAAAAAAUGACAGCAAUCAAGGUAGACGCAGUGAGAGUUGCCCGGGCUCAGGAACAAGAAAUCGCAGCUCAGAAAUUAGCAGACAUGAAAAAUUAUUAUGAACAUCAAAUUAGUGUGCUAAAAGAAACAAUACAAGGACGUAUAGCAGAGAUUGAUCAAUUACACAAUGAUAUCAAAGAGUUAGAAAUAUUAAAAGCAAAAGUAGAAAAAGAGCUCAAGUCUACAAGAAAUGAAUUCCAAAACUUUAUUGAUAUGUGUAGUAAGAAGUAUGACAGGGGACAGUCAGAAUUUAUGAUUCCAAGUAUGAAAAAAUUUGAAAGAAUGAAAACUGUUAUUUGAAAUCAUUUUCCACUUUGGGUGUAAUAAUGUAUAUAGCAAAAACAUGACAUAUUUCAUUUAAAGGGCAGUAAAAUCAGAGGGGCUGGAAUACAAUUAUAGUCACUUUCACUGUGAAUAUUUUGUGCAGUUUACAGGGAAAAGUUAGUCAACAAUUGUAAUAAUGAUUGUGCGAAUUUUAAAAUUAGUACCAGGCCCUAGCUACAUUGAAGGAUUAUACAAUGUGCAGAGUAAGCUUCAGAGUUAGUUACUUUUGAUCUGGAUGAGGAGUUGAGAAUUGCAUUGGAGACAUACAAGACUUGGAAGUUCAUCAAAAUUGAUAAUAGAAUGAUGAGAAUCAUUGCAUAAUUGAUUGGUUUAAGAUAUUAAUAAUGCAUAAAUGGUUAAAUAGGAUUAAUUAAGGCAUAAUUUAAACAUUUCAGUUUGUACACCUAGUCAAAGAAUUUCAUAAUAAUUAUCUACGCAAUAUGUAAUUGACAAACUAUUGUUAAAACAUUUGUUACUUUAAAUAGCCAAGAGAGUAAACUGUAUUUUUUUUAUUUGAACAUGACUGUAUUCAUGCCUUCUAUAAACUGUGAACAAAGUCAAUAUUUCACCCACAAUGUAUUCAUCGAUACAAUACCUGGUCUGUACUAAGUGUUUCGUUCAGUGCUAAACGCUAAUUUAAACUGGAAGUUGGAAACAAAGUGACGAUUUUGCAAAAAUAUAGACCUCAGAUCAAAUAUUGAGUAAUAAAUACCUUUGGGCUAGGCACAAACAUUUUCUCUACCUCUCACUUCUCACUCCCUUCGGUUGUUUUGGGUACAGAAAAAUUUGUGCCUAGCCCUUGGGUAUUUAUUCGUCAAUAUAAGACCUACACUUUGGUCGAUAUUUCUAAAAUAUAGUUCAGGUCUACUGUUGUGAGUAAAGAUGCAAGAGAUUUUCUUAUAAUUCAGAUAAUUAAAAUGACUUAUUAUCUCAUUAGUCAGAUGGUAUACAGCUUCAUAUUUAUACUUCAAUUUCAAAAUGAAAAUGCACAGCAUUGCCAAAAUGAGUGUCACAUAAUCACAUUACAUUUUAUUUUCUACAAUGUGACUCUAAGGUGCAGUUGGCUUGAAUAGUCAACAUUAAUACAAUAGCAUAACUAUAAACUGUGAAUAAAUAAAUGAACAAUGGUUUUCAAAAA